AUGAAGCCGCAACUCAUUACACUAAUCAAGAACAAUUGCUCCUUUGUUGGAAGUCCAUUGGAGGAUCCUAAACAGCAUAUAUCCACUUUUCUGAGAACUUGUGGUGUUGUCAAUCUUGAAGGUGUAAAUCAUGACACCUGGAAGCUCUCGUUAUUUCCCUUCUCACUAAAGGAUGAAGCUGCACAAUGGCUCGAAACUAUGCCCCAAGGCAGUAUUACCAGUUGGGACGAAUUGGUUACCAAAUUUCUGACCAAAUUCACCUCAUCCCAACAAAACAUCAAGAUGAAAGAGGGGAUUCAGCCAUUCAUACAAGGAGAAGAAGAAUCAUUGUUCAAACCAGGGGAAAAAUGCAAGAAAGCAAAUGACAAAGAGGACUUCCGAGCGUUCUACAUAGGAUUGACCCCAGAAACAAGGAGAGCAGUGGAUUACGUCCUAGAUAACCUCUUCAAAGCAACAGCAGCUGGCCAAGGAACUACAGAGUUCAAGAACAAGAGAGCCAACAACCAACACUCACCUGAGACUCCACAGAAUGCAAUUUCAGAUGAGGAGAUAAAGAAUCUUGAAGGAAUGAAGGCAAUCAUGAAUCAAAGCAAACAGCUACAUCAGCAAACUCAGCAACAAUUGGGGUCAAUAGCUAGACAAAUUGACUUUCUCCAUUCUACUACAGUGAAAGCACAAUUUCCACCAUGGAAACCACAUUCAUAUCUAAGAAUGAGGGAAUCUCACUAUCAUGAACAAAGGGACUUCAAAUACAACAAUCCCAAUUUCCCAACCUUGCAACCACACUACACACCCCACAACCAACCCAGUCCACAAGACUUUCAGAGGAUCACUAAUCUGGAAAUCUUAGUAGAAAGAAUGAUGACACAUCAAGAGGUGAUAAGCAAGAACAAUGAGGAAUCAAUCGGAAGAAUUGAGAGGCAAAUAAAACAAUUGGCUAAGAAUAUCACAGAAGUGAGUGAAGAGAUGGCCAAAGGAAAAGAAUCCCUCAUCCAGGAUGAACUUUCUAAGGCAAGGUCUCACUUAGGAGGACAAGGGAGCAAGGAGAAGGAAGCACAGAAUCCAAGCUAA